UUUUCAGAAAAUCGUAAACCCUCAUUUCUCACUCUCAGUCCCAAAAAUGGUUCAAACCCUAGUCCGAACCAUAGCCAUGGCCGCCGCCGCCACCACCGGUCGCCACCCCACAAUCUCCUCCCUCAUCCCCAAACGCCUCCUCUCCACCUCCAAAAUCACCCAACCCCCCUCCGUCCCCUCUCUCAUCCUCGGCCGUCGAUCUCUCGCGCCGCUCUCCCACGCCGUCCGUCCCUUCCCCGCCACGCGUUUCACCUCUAUUCGCUGCCGCGUCAACCGCUCCGGCGGGUCGUACUCCCCCCUCAACUCCGGUUCGAACUUCAGCGAGCGCCCGCCGACCGAGAUGGCUCCGCUCUUCCCCGGCUGCGACUACGAGCACUUCCUCAUCGUCAUGGACAAGCCCGGCGGCGAAGGAGCCACGAAGCAACAGAUGAUCGAUUGCUAUGUUCAGACAGCCGCUAAAGUCCUUGGGAGUGAGGAAGAAGCGAAGAAGAAGAUUUACAAUGUGUCAUGCGAGAGGUAUUUUGGUUUUGGCGUUAACAUUGAUGAGGAGACUGCCAACAAGCUUGAAGGUUUGCCCGGAGUUCUUUUUGUGCUUCCGGAUUCGUAUGUUGAUGCUGAGAAUCAAGACUAUGGGGCUGAGUUGUUUGUCAACGGAGAAAUUGUUCAGAGGUCUCCUGAAAGGCAGAGGAGGGUGGAGCCACAGCCCUCAAGAGCUCAGGACAGACCUCGAUACAAUGACAGAACCCGAUAUGUGCGUAGAAGGGAAAAUGUGCGGUAAAAUAAAUGGCGGGCUAGCUCCGUUUGAGUCGUGGUUGUGCUACUGGUUGCUUGAUAGUACUUCUAAGUAGAUAUGAAAUUUGAUCGUCAUUCUCCGCUGUGAUGAGACUGAAAGCCUAGAAGCAACUAGAUAACUCGUGCUUUUGUAAGAGUUCAGCAUAAUUUGUGAUAAUUUUAAUUAUUAUGAGACUCACCAUAAAAAUGACUUAUUUUGUGUCAAUAUGCCAUGUUUAAAUUGUUACUAUUUCUGUAUUUCAUGUCUAGACCCA